UUUUCGGCCAGAUUUGCGAUGAUACGGAUACCCCAGCGUACCGUCCGGUCGACCUCGUUGGAUCGCAAAAUAAUGAAGCCACUCGGGGAAUAACCGUCGCGUUAGCUAUAUUUUCGGUUGCGUUUUCGUCUCGGAUUCUCCGGAUCUCGGCAACCGCCGCCAAUGGUGUGUAUCCGCAAUUAUUGCGUCAGCUAUCGUGAAGCACGUCGCCGAUGAUUGGUCAAUUCCAAAGAGCGGGAAAUCCCCGUUGAAACCUGCUCUUCCGCGCUAUCCGUCCCCGUGGUACUCCCGCUGACGUCUUUCGCGUCACCAUAUCGCCUGGCGUCUUCGUCAGAGACAUUUCGGCGACCGGCGAUCAGUAUCGCGUUGCGCGACAACGCCGCGACCUCGUGUUUAGUUUGAGGUAUAAUUGUUUUCGAUCUGUUUUCCAACAGACAGUGAUGCGACUUGUUCACGCCGCGCUGUGACAUACAUUUACCUUCGCGUAAAUCGUGACAAUUUUCUGUAACGAACAUAUUGUUACGUUUGUACGACAGUCUUUGUAUUUGCUUAGUUGAAGAAUCGAAUGAACUUAAUAAUGGAUCCGUUCAGUAGUUACGAUAGAACCGACUUAGUGGAGGUGUGCCCUUCGUUUCCUAAUCUAAAUGACGACGAUGAUCAUUUCGUACUGGACAUGGACUCAUUGGUCACGUUGAAAACUAAUGCCCUGACCACGCGCAGUUACGAACCUCCCCGAAAAAAGUGUUACUUUGGUGAUGAAAAUAAUGAAAUUGAUGGUACCGGUUGGUCUGAUAAACCUAUUAGAAACUGGUGUCAAGAAGAAACAAUAAACUGGUUGAUGUCUGCGGCAUCUUAUAUCGGACAACCGUAUAGUCUAAUACAACAUAGUCUUGCGGUACCAGGAAACGAGUUGGUCACCUUUACCAGAGACGAUUUUAUCAACCAUGAUCCUAUGUACGGAGAUCGACUCUAUGACCUACUCCACUCUCAGCAUAUCUCGAAUAUACUUCCACCAUUUAAUACCAUCCAUCCUCAUUCCGAAGACGAAUAUGCGCGAAUUAAUUCCAACAGUACAUCAGACGCAGAAUCAGAUAAUAAUAGUAUUGAUUACCAAACUACCAAACGGCCACCAGGGAGACCAAGAGUAUUAAAACCAAAAAAAAAUUCUACUAGCCAGGGAAAGCUUUGGGAGUUCAUCAGGGACCUCUUACGUAAUCGAGAAACGUGUCCAAGUUUAAUCUGUUGGGAAGAUUAUUCUCAAGCGAAAUUUCGGUUCGUUAAAAGUGACGAGGUCGCGAAACGAUGGGGUUCAAGAAAAGGAAACACAAAAAUGACGUACGAAAAACUGAGUCGAGCAAUGAGGUACUAUUAUAAAAGCAAAAUUUUUCAACCUGUACUCGGUCGAAGAUUAGUUUAUCAAUUUGGACCAAAUGCAAAGGGUUGGCAAACUGAUAAUCCAAAUUUCCGAUAUUAAAUGUUUAGGAUUGCAUUUGUUAUAAAAAUUGUACAAAAAAGUAAAAGUAACGUUUGUGACCUAUUGUGAAUUUCGCUCACAGGAUGUAUCUUAAAAUUGCUUUAAAAAGAUAACGUUUCUACAAUUAGAGAUUUGUCAAUGUAUAUUUUGAUAUUGAAAAAGGAAGUGAAAGUAUUUUGUUAAUUGAAUCGAAACGUUUGAGCAUCAAGUUGCAAUCGAUAAUCUAAAUAAAAGACUAAGAAGAAAGGAUCUAGUAUUAUAGAUGAUACAUACUGACUAGAUUUAAAUAACGUAAAAAACAGUAUAAAUGAAUAAAAAUGUCGAGGUUUUUAUAUGUAUGACUGAAUUUAUAGAAAUACGUGAUAGCAAAAUGUGAAUACGAAAUAAUUUAAACUUGUAAGAUUUUUUCAAUUUAUUUGAUUUUAAGCAUUAGCGUGAUAGAUUACUUAUGUAAAAGUACACAUAUUAUAAUCAAGGAAGGCAAUAAUUCCUCCUGACUUACAAUCAAAUAAAUUUACUAUUACUUAUUUUUUUA